AUGUCGUCGGCAAGCCUGAAGAAGUUGGCAGCAAGAAACAAGGCCAUCUUGGAUCAGCUCUUGUACAUUUCAAUUUUGAUCAACUUGUUCACGCUUAUUAUCUUGUUUUAUUUCAAAAGACCUCAAAAAUACAUCUACUAUAUUUUGUUCUCCAUCCCAGCUAUCAUUCUUCAAUAUGUCCUAGAGAAUAAUGGACGUCCCAAGCUUGACCCUAAAGGUCAAUUGAUUAGAUCCGGAGACGACAUUUUGCAAAGAGGUAGCUUAUUCCAAUACUGUUUUGAUAUAAUAUACUUGACUUGGUUCUUUGAUGUUUUGAUGAUUAUCUUUGGCAGCAACAAAGUGUGGUUGGGAUAUGCCGUGAUACCCGGAUUUGCCAUCUAUAAAAUUAGUGGUUUUAUUCUACCAUUUUUUAAAAAAUCUGGUAAUGCAAGUGUAGAUGCAGAUGCUAAACAAAAAGUGGAAGAUGAAAAUUUACGUAAUGGAAGAAGAGAAGAUGGAUCUGGAUUGAGUAAACGUCAACAAAAAUUGAAAGCAAGACAAGAGAAAGGACCAGCCACUAAGUAUCGCUGA